UGAUGCCGAGCUUGUGUGAAAGAAAAGACGAAAAGCUGUUGUUUUGUAUUUUCAUCAAUGUAAUCAAAGUAAAUUUAAUGUCAAGUAACCCUAAAUUUAACAAUUUUACCCUUGCAAGUGUUGUAAAUAGCACGUGGAUGAGUGUUUUUAUAAAUAUCAUCGAGUUCCUGAGCCAUUUUACUAUUAACUCUAUUUAUUAGCGCUUUUUCCACCCUUUUAAGUGUGUUUUCACUUUGCUCCUAGGGACAGGUCUUAACCUAAAAUUAUAUUUGCUCAUCCUUAUUUAUUAAUCUACAUAUUUUUUACGCUUAAGUCAUCCUCAUUUUAAAUCUAUUUUUUUAAUUAAGUAACAUUGCUGGUAUGCCCUUCUCCAUUAUUUACAUGCAAUGCAACACAUCAGCCUAGGCAGCGUUUCGUGCAACUCAACCGAUGCUACAGACGAAACCUUUUGAUUAUUCUCAAUGGCACUUUUAUUAACUCAAUUUCUCAAAUGGAGCAAUGGCAUUAUCAAAAUCCAAAGAGCUUUAACUUACAAGCCUGAUCAGUAAUCUAAUGGCAUUAAGAUGUCAAGAUCUCAUAGCAAAGGGGACUUCACCGAGGAUCCAAACGACAACUCCGCCGGCCAAGAGGAGGAAGAUGCUGUCUACAAAGCGAAAACAUUCUGGUCUGGUCAGGGCGAUAAUGAUUUAACUGUCCUUCCAAAUGACACCCUUGAAACAAAAGCUGCCAAUUUUUCAAAACCAGGCUGCAUCUAUGUCAUUAAUCGACGCACUGGUGCUCAAGGUUUUGUUCCAAAGUCCCUCGUGAAGAAGGAUUCGUUCAGUACUCACACUGCCAGAGUUGCAGAAACAAGCUACCAUGAUGAAAAGCCCAGCGGUGGAAGUGAACGUCGCGUCAGGUUUCAGUCACCACUCAAAGCCAGCUUGGAAGAAGUCGGUAAAACGCUCACUGCCAACAGGGACCCAGAGCCAUCUCGGACAAAUGCACAGCUGGAAAACCGGGCCGAAUCCAAAGACAGCAAAAUUGAAGACAAGAACACCGGACAUACCAAAUUAAAUGAUACGUACCAUAAAAUGGAUUACUUAAAUCUUUGCAAUACCGGUUGGAAAAGCCAGAGUCCUAAGUCGGGACUCAUGAGCAGGAUGGAACAUUCGGCCUACGUCGAUGUCAGCAAGAAUGUCAUUACGAAAGGGUUACCCUCUUUCUCCAAAAUCAAGCUGCCUUCUUCACUUACACGGGGAGAGCAAUCUAGCGAAUACGUAGAGCAUUGUCCAUCGGCUAAGUAUUCAGCAGAUAUUGCUCAGCCAUUCAAAUCAAAAUCAGGCACAGACACGAAGUUUUACCCGAGCGGUCCACCUCCAGCAACGGCCAACUCUAGUUUAACCAAAAACUUACCGUACCGUAAUGUUCAGCAAAUAGGUAUCCCGAUCACCAAUGCAGAACCUACUUCUGCUUAUUUGCCGCAUGCUGUUCCCAAUUAUUACACAGAUCAACCUCAUCAAGCGCAUGAUAAACUUAAAGUUCCAGUUGCAGCACCUGGAAGUGUUAACUGUAACGUUUCGCAUGAACAUCAAUUGACAGGAGCCUACUUCAUAACUCCAAUUUUAUGCCGUCACUGUAACGAUUACAUCUGGGGUUGUGGAAUAGUUGGCCAUCGAUGUGAAAAUUGCUUCGCCUGCCUCCACACCGUCUGCCUCAAGUAUGCUCUCAACUACCCGUGCCAGAAGAACAAGGAUAUCCUCCCUCCGGUCACACACACAAAAGACACGCCCAUCAGUGACUGGUCAUGCUCAGAUGUUGUCGAGUGGAUGGCCGCAGUGAAUCUCUAUCGAUAUGCGGAUGUUUUCCGGUUAAAAGACAUCAAAGGCUCAGAUCUACCUCAUCUAGACAAAGAGAAACUCAUGAAUAUGGGCAUCAAAGAGGAAUUCCAUCAAAUCGCCAUUUUGGUUGCGAUCGACGAACUGUGUCGGAAACCUGCGUACGACUCUAGCGACGAUUCCUUCGUCGACCCAGCGAAUCUCAGAGCCACUUGUGCCGAUCAUAGAUUGAUAAAACAUAGCUUUACAAACUUGCAACGAUGUGAUAAAUGCAAUAAGUACAUGCGCGGUCUCCUUNCCAUAACUCUUUUGUCUUUAGAUUGUGGUUUAGUCGCACACAGGACUUGUGCUGCAACUGGUUUACCAUCAUGCCUCUCCUCUAGUUGCGACCGCCCAUCUCGAUAUUUAGUGAAAUCAGUGUUUGGUCUAGGGCUUUGCGCUCAGUUCAAUCCGGCUCAAUCUGCAGCACCAAAUUUAGUAAUGAUCUGUACGAAGCAACUGGAAACUUUUGCCAGGAACAUGCCGACUCUCGAUCUGUAUAAAAUGUACCAAUCCUCAGCAUCGUCUGAAAAAUUGCUGGAACUCAGGAAAAAAAUUAAUGAAGAUAUGUCCAGUGUCGAUUUUUCAACUUACGAUGCCAACACCAUCGCUAGUAUUUUGAAGAAAUUCCUACGGGAACUUCCUGAUCCUGUGAUACCUGUUCAGUGGUAUGAUAGAUUUCUAGAAGCUUCAAAAAUCCGUAGCGAUGAACAAAGCGGGAUGUGUUUGUACCAUAUAGUGCAGGAACUACCUGUGCACCAUAAGUCCCUGCUCUGCUUCCUAAUGGCUCAUUUCUGUCGGUUGUGCCAACUGAACCAUGCGAGAGGAAUCAAGGAACCACCCACCGUUUUAAUCCAAGUUCUUUCUCAUGUCCUUCUCAGGCCACCGUGGGAACGAAUCAUCCAAAUAGUGUACAAUACAGAAACACACAUGCGGAUCAUAGAAAUGCUUCUAUUCUACGGUGAUUGGGGCGAAAAAUUACCAGAGUUCGCCUCAGCUCCAGCCCUGCCUCCAAGAAAGGUCUCAAGGGCAGGUGCAAGCCCGUACAGUAGCGGUUACACUUCAAAUACAGCGCAACAACUGUCUCAGCAAGAAGCCGAAGAGCGGGACUCUCCUCAGACGCUCCAAGAUGCUGAGUGGUACUGGGGUGAUAUAACAAGGGAUGAAGUGAAUGAAAAAUUAAUGGAUACACCUGAUGGAACAUUCUUGGUCCGUAAUGCAUCCAGCAAAGGUGGAGAAUACACGCUAACCCUCCGCAAAGACGGCACGAACAAAUUGAUCAAGAUCUGUCAUAGGAACGGAAAGUACGGUUUCUCGGAACCUUACAAAUUCAACACAGUGAUGGAUUUAGUGAAACACUAUCGCAACGUUUCACUAGCCCAGUACAAUUCCACUUUAGAUAUUAAGCUACUGUAUCCAGUCUCCAGGUUUCAGCAGGAUGAAGAAAUUGCCUGCUCGAUGGACGUUGAAAACGUUGCGCUGAAACUGGUAGACAUUGACAAGGAAUUGCUGAUCAAAACCAAAAUGUUUGACAAUCUCUCAGAUGCUUUCAUGAUCACGAACAAAGAAAUUCAGUUGAAACACCAAGCACUGGAAGCCUUUGCGGAAACGGUGGCGAUGUUCAGGGAACAGGUGAAACUUCAGGAGAUGCUCCAAAAAGAGGCGCAGCCGCAUGAAGUGAAAAGUUUGAUAGUGAAUUCUGAUCUCUUAAAGAAACGCUUACUUCUUCUCGAGGAACACAAAGAGGAUCUCGACGAAAACUUGAAGCAACAAGUCGCGUAUAAUAGAACGCUGGAGCGGGAAAUCAAUACCUUGAAGCCAGAUGUAAUUACACUGUUCCGGUUGAAGGAAAAGCAUUUAGUAUGGUUGAAAAGCAGGGGUGUGAAACCGCAGCGAAUUCAACAGCUCCUAGCGGGAGGACAUAUCGGGAACACGGGACGCUUCGAAGGAGGAGAGGCUGAAAUACCUCACUAUGACGAAGGAACGUGGCUCCUCAAAGAUUGCUCCCGGACAGAUGCUGAAAGGUUGCUCAUGGGUAAAAAGGACGGUACCUUCCUCGUUCGGCCUAGUAGUCAGGGUGGCAACUAUGCACUCUCUAUCAUGUGCAAUGGUACAGUGAACCACUGUAUCAUCUACGAGACAGAGCGAGGCUAUGGCUUUGCGGAGCCUUACAACAUCUACGAAUCGCUGAAGGCGCUGGUCCUACACUAUGCUCAGAACUCCCUGGAAGAACACAACGAUCUUCUGAACACGACGUUGGCAUAUCCUCUGUUGGCGCCCUGUCACGGGACCGACAUCAUGCAAACCUCUAGUUAUUUCAAGUACCAUAAUUUCAAUCCCUCAUGAAUCCCUUAGGACGUUGUACACCCGACAACUACUAAGUGCAGUUAACAAAUUAAUUAAUCUGUGAUAUAGAUUGCAUUAUGAGGUGCUUUUUUUUCGCUCCCUUUACUUCCGAGUAGCUCCCCCCACACUCGUCUCAUUCGGAAUUAAAGCGAUGUCGGAUAAGAUCUUGUAUCAUACGUAAUUUUCAAUGUGUUUUUAUGUUGUUGUAAGCUUUCGUAUACCAUCCAAUGGUAUUGUUACUUUUCAUGUGUUUUGUACAUUUUUUUAUAUUAUCUUUGUUGUAUCCCUGUAUAAUUUUUUAUAUGUAUACAAGCUCGUACAUACAAAGAGAAACCGCAAUUCUUACCUCCUGCUCCGCGAGAAACAUUCUCUCUCAGGAUCGGUUUUAUAUCCAAUCGCAACAGAAAUUAAAUUAUUUUCAAACUUGUCAAAUCAAUCAAAGACUAUCAACUCAACUUUUACAAGAUUUCGCUACCAUCACCAACUAAUGUAAGUAUGUUUGAACAAUCGAAGUGUUGGCUGCCCUGUCAUAUUUUUUCCCCUGCUAUGGCGAUUUUUGCCAGUUGGUAAUACUGUUCUUUCCCAUUCAAAUCAGCUAAUAAUAAUUGAUUUCCGGUAAGGCAGGGUGCCCUCAUAGAUAUCUAUCGUUUUAUAUGCAUUUAACUGGAUGUAAUUCGGUUUUGCCAUCUUAUAAGGAUUGUUGUUGCCCCUAAAGUAAUUGCCCUCGAGUUUUAAACUCUCCGUUUCGUAGUAAAUUGCCAAAGUAAUAACCUUAAGUCUCUUUAGAGAACAAUUUUCGGUACCACUCGCCCUCCAAAAUUCUGAAAGUUUAACGCUAAUGUGCAGAGCAGCAAACACGUUAAACCAGCAUGUGAAUGAGUCGUCGAUAUCAACUUUAUUUUUAAGUAACUGUUCAAAGCAGUCAAUUUCAAAAUAUUUUGUGCUGUUGUUUUUAAGGGAACUAACAUCUCUCUAAGUGAUUGGAAUGCAUGUCUCUAAGAAUUUUGUUUCAGUUGUUAUAUUUUAUAAGUUUACUACGUCUCAAGUUUCCAGCAGGCCCUUUUUCACUGCUCGUCGCACCAAUCAGACUGCACUACCACAGAAAUUAGUAUCGGUGACUACUGUUCAACCAGGGUGUCUAUCUGGCAGGUAGAAUUGAAAAAAUUUCAACGCUGAAUGUCGAGGAAUUUUGUUCGGUCAAUUUUUCUCUUUUCUUAUGAAUCACUACUAUGUUUAAGAAAGUUACAUCAUCAAGAAAGAAUUUUAAUAUCUAGUAGUCAAUUUUAGAAUGAACGGUAGAAUUAGUUCCUAUUUUAAAAUAUGUGUUGGUAGAUUUGUGUCCAAAAAAAUCAGAAAAUUUGGCUGGGGAAAGAUUCUUGACGUGUGUAGACACCCUGUAAACUUGUCAUUCAACUAAAUUUCUUGGCCUGCAUUCUUAGUUGCUUUGGUUCAGAGCCUGUAGCAGGUUAGGUUAGGUUUUUAUCUCUUCAUUUUGGCAGGAUAGUUUUGUGCCGAUGCAAAACCAAUUUUGUCACUGAAUCUGAUGUAUAUUUUGCCCUUGAGGUUGAAGGUAGGAUUAAUUUGAAGCUGAGAAUCCAGCCUUUUGCUUCGAUUUUGACAUUAAAUUCUGCUGCAAUCUGUAUUUAAUGUAAAUCACUCAACAUCAGCUUGCAAUAAUUAAUUUUACUCUUUCGUCAAUCAUUUUUACAGUAAUUUUUCAUUCGAUUGCAGUGAAUCAUAAUUAUCAGAACUAUGAGACAAAAUCACAACUGAUCUGGUAAAUCAGGCUUUGUGCUAAUAUUUUUCCUAAACUAAUUGAUAAAAAUUCGUUUUAGGCCUUGUGUUGUAUCCAAUUUUCCAUAAGAUAUUAUGAUCAAAUUAUUUUAAAAGUAAAAUUCAAUCUAUUCUGCAUCUUCUGUAGCUAUGGUUGUCCAACUCAAGCAGGUCUUCGCCAUGAGGAAACAACGAGAUCUACGUCAGAUCAGGAAUACUUACAUUUCCAAUCUGCUUUUCAAUGAAAAUCAAGUGCUAUUUCUCAUUUUCUAUCAGAAAUGUAUGAAUUAAAAAUGUCGGUCAGAAGAUGAUGCUCAUAGAACCUUGUCUCGUACUUAUAGGGGCUAACUGAUGAAAAGAAUAAUCAAUUGUAUGUUUUUCAUUUUAGCCACUAAUGAUUUCGAAUAUUUAAUAGUGGGCUGUAAAAACUAAAUUUUUUUCUUUGCAUGAGAAAAGAUGGCAAGCCACUCAUUGCUACUAGAGCACAGCUAUUCAUUAGAAAGGAAACUUGAUUGUCAGGGCCACACAAGAAAAUCUAUGACUAUCUAUAACAUAUCAUCAUUGUCUAAUUGUUGGUAGCAAUUGGGCUUGCCUGCACUAAACAAGUAUUUCUACUUUUGAUUGUUUUUGUAGAUCAACUUCUUUGUAAAUGCAUCUAAUUGAAUGUGUCAUUUUAUAACUAACGAAAGAGCCACCUUCAAAUAUUAAUCAAAAGAGGUAUGGAGAUAGUAGAUUAUUCCAUCUGUUUGUAAUUCGUGCAUUCCGUCCAGCAUAAAGCUAAAGUUAUGUUUUCUGGUUGCAGCCUCCCUGCCUACCUGUCAAACUUCAUUUCUUUAAUUGAAAAACCAAUCAACACAAUUUCUUACAAAUUUCUGUAACAUUUGUUUUUAACAAAGUUUUUCUCAGAACUCUUAUUGAAAAUUUCAAGCUUUAAAAUAGACUUGUUCCCAAAGAAAAAUCGAAAGAUGAGAAGACUUUUCCAACUCCAAGUUAAGCCAUCAGCAAGUUUUUACCAGAGAAUUAUAUUUAUUUGCAGCCGGAAGAUUAAUAUGAGAGUUAGACCGUUCUAUUUAUCUUCCGUUACUUUGAGUCAGGAAGUGGUGUCUACGUUUGUCAGAAAAAAACACAUUUAAUGUAAUACAUGGUGAUCCUGAUCAUGGAUAUCUAUCUUAAGAGCGUAAUAUUGAUUUUUCCAUCAGUUGCACUGUCCUCUCGGCACAAUUUUAAGACAGAAGUGAGCCAAGGAAUUACGUUUGGCGACUGGCCCUUGCUUUAUUUUCCAUUCUUCUUGUGUUUGCUGGUUUACGAACAUACCUGAGCCUGAUUUGCCUUGAAUCUAGUGUUCCUACAAUUAUCUAUUAUCGAUGAACAAUCGUGAGGGAAAAAUGAUUUAGUAUUUAAGGAACCUGCCACUUUGAAUCGCUAGAUCUUGAUGUUUAGAGCUAUAUAUCUAUUUACCUUUAAAUUUUUAUAGACACGAUAAGCAGCUUAAGUUAAUAUUUUCACCUGCAUUCAUUUUCCCAACUUGCCUGAAACCUUCGCCAGCGAAGCAACCCCUCCUCAGUUCGAAAUAUUUUUAACUCUCUCAGCCGAUUGACUCUUACUUGUUUGAGCACAGUGGGGGAACAUUUUCUUCUCCUUGUGAAAGCAUAAUAUUGUUUAACAGUAAUAAAAUAGUGUAAGCGUACAUAGUCAUCAGUACAAUGUAAUGUCAACAUUGAAGACUAUUCAACCAACUGCUCAAAAAAAUGGUGUUGACCACCUCAAAAUUUCAGGGACCUAAAACGCCUGCAGGGCCGUGUAUUUGGUGUGCAGCUUUUGCAUGAUAGUUCUGUGCUAAGGAAUGGCCAAAGUGGGAACAGAUUAGUUCCAAUUUUUGAUCCAGAACGUUGAACGUUCAAGGUGAGGAUCGAUCUGAUGGAAUUUUGCGUACACUCAGAUUAAUUAUGAUGGGCACUGCCGAAGUGCUUGUUGAACGUGGAAGUAAUGUUUUUAAACGUCAUAAUGACCAACCAUGGACAGUUGGGAUGUAUUUUGGUUUGAUAAGUCUUCAUAUAGCUUCUCUGUUAUUUCAUCAAACACCUUUGGUUUUCAUGAGAAUUUGUAAUAGUGUUGCCAUGUAUCACAAUUCCUUAAUUGAAUGUAAUUACGCCAAAUUGAUCUGUCCAGACGCAGAAUUUCGAAAACUAGCCAUGGUCCAUUCUAAGUCUUUGGUCCAUGUGUUGUUUUCCCGGUAAUGACCAUAACAUACUCUCACCUCAGCCCUCUAAUCGACCAAUUUUAUGAUACCAUCGGUAAAGAAUAGUAACUGUUUCUUUAUUCUUUUAUUUUCUACCCGGAACUAAGUCAUGUAUCUAUUCCUUUACUAAAGCAAGGCUCAUGUUAAGUUAUUUUGCUUCAAGUACGAAUCGUCAACCAUGAAAAUCUCUGUUCCCAACCAUUUUGGAUUGAAGAUGAGGGAAAAUGACCUCAAGCCACUUUAUCGAUGCAUGUGGAUUCCCUGCAGCGUUCAAACUCUUUUAGGAAUAAUCUGUUUAAUCAUCACACAAAUUGUGCUGUUCGCAAGCGAUAACUCCAAGUUGGUCGAAAGAGAAUUCUCUCACAAUUUCGAAUAUGCUGAAUCUGGUGUACAUUGGCCUUAACCAAUCAGACGUAGUCACUUAGUUUGUAUCGAUCAGCUGAUUAUCUCAAGGAAAUUUCGGUCGGGAGACUUUGCUCUCGAUAUUGUCAAAAUAUUUUUGGAAAUUACUUAUUUUUUGUUCUUUUCAAUGUUCAUUGUUAGAGACAUUAUCAUGCUAUUCGAUUGUAGCACAAACUUUAUUUUGUUGAUGUUUUGGUUAUUUUUAUAAAAUAAAUUGAUUAUUUGCUAAUA